CGCACCAUACGACCCGUUUGGCGCGUGUGUGGUGGACUUUAUAUUUUUUUGUUAUUUUUUAUUAUAUAUGUGUAAUAUGUUGCGUCAGUGCAUUACGUUGGCAGUACUGGGGUGUGCAUUGGCGGCGCCACAGCACCAAUACCAAACUCAACAGCAACAGGAUGAAGGUAUCCCUCCACACCUACUGAGGGAGUACAUCGGUGCCCAGCAGCCGGCGCAGGCGCAAACACAGAUCAUCCCGCGACCUGCUCACCUCGGCGGUGCUCAAGCUCCCGCCAGAUUGCCCUACCAAGUGCAAGCUGAGAACCAGUACCAACCUAGACCUCAGUACCAACCGCAGCCGCAGCCGCAGCCGCAACCGCAACCGCAGCAGUAUCGCCAGCAGUACGCGCAGGAGGGACCUCAGCGCACCCCUGAGGAUUAUGACCCUAAUCCGUCUUACCAAUUCGGGUUCGACGUGAACGACGACCAGUACACCAACUACCAGAACCGCAAGGAGCAGAGGGACGGUGAUGUCAUCAAGGGCUCCUACUCUGUGGUCGAUAGCGAUGGCUUUGUGCGAACGGUCACCUACACCGCCGACCCUAAGGAGGGUUUCAAGGCUGAGGUUUCAAGAAAGCCGACCGACAUCGUAGUAAAGAUUCCAACUCCCAGGCCCCAGGGUCUGGAGCAUCUAGGUCACCAGCAGUCGCAACCGCAAAUUCAGCACCAACAUCAGCCGCAACACCAACAGCAGCCUCAACACCAGGUCUCCCCGCAGUACUAUCCUCGUUACGAGCAAUAGAUCAUAAACAGUUACAUGUGUAAUAAUAAUGUCUAAAAUUAGGAAUCGAUUUUUU